AUGACUGCCAUUCACAAGUGCGCCUCGUUGGGCCUUCUCUUUGCAGAGGUUGCUCAGCGCUGCAUAAUUACGCAGAGGAUGGCAGAGGCUGAUGGCAAAUCCACAGUGCUUAACGGCGGCACAGAAGAUAAAGAUCCGGACGAGGAGCACAAAGAUGGAGGUGCCUCUGGAAGCGCAGAGGGACAAAGGCAGGCUUCUAUUACAGAUGCUCCCACAGAAGCGGGAGAGGGCUCAGGGGACAAACUGAUGCCUGACGCUGAAGACGGCAACAACAACAACCACGGAGACGAGGACACGGACAGCAUGGACGGCAGCGGACUGUACUCUCUCACAGAGGACGCAGAGCGAGAGAGCGAGGGAGGCAGGCGGGAGCGCACCAGAGCAAAAAACACUGCCAAAAGAGCUGCACGAAAAAGGAACCGACCAGGAGGGGGCGCUACCGACUCCUCCAGCUCUGAACAGGACGAUGAUGACAACGAUGAGGAGGAUGAAGAACAGAAAGAUGACGAGGACGAUGAUGCGAUGGAGGCGUGGUUGGGGGCGGAGCUUCGGGACAUAACAGGCCCUGGGUGGCGAGCCGUGCCCUCUCUAUGCUCCAGGGAGAUCGGACGUGAUGCGCCGCAGUUUGUGAGACGUGUGUGCGGCGCGCGGGGGCUGGUGCAGCGGCUGGAGCUGCAGGGCAAACUGGAGCGGCACGCAGGCUGUGUCAACACGCUGCACUUUAACCCGUCAGGCACGCGGCUCGCUUCGGGCAGCGACGACCUGCGGGUCAUCAUCUGGGACUGGGCCGUCAAGCGCGCCGAGCUCGAGUUCGACAGCGGCCACAAAAGUAACGUCUUUCAGGCAAAGUUCCUUCCCCACAGCGGAGACUCCACUCUGGCCAUGUGCGCUCGGGACGGCCAGAUCCGAGUGGCCGAACUCUCCGCGACGCAGCGCUGCAAAAACACCAAACGAGUAGCACAGCAUAAGGGCGCCGCACACAAGUUGGCCCUUGAGCCAGACUCUCCAUGCUCUUUCCUGUCGGCGGGAGAAGACGCCGUUGUGUUUGGUAUCGACCUGCGCCUGGACCGUCCGGCCAAUAAGUUAACAGUAGUGAAGGAGGGAGAUAAAAAAGUAGGGCUGUAUACGAUCUACGUGAACCCAGCCACGACGCAUCACUUUGCUGUCGGCGGGAGAGACCAGUACGUCAGGAUCUACGACCAGAGGAAGAUUAACGAAAACGACAAUAAUGGUGUUCUCAAAAAGUUCUGUCCUUCGCAUCUGGUGUCCAGCGAGUCUAAAACCAACAUCACCUGCCUCGUCUACAGCCACGACGGCACAGAGCUUCUGGCCAGUUACAACGAUGAGGAUAUUUAUUUAUUUGACUCAAACCACAGCGACGGGGCCGAUUACCUCAGACGAUACAAGGGACAUCGCAAUAACGCAACAGUGAAGGGGGUGAACUUCUACGGACCCCGCAGUGAGUUUGUGGUCAGCGGCAGCGACUGUGGACACAUUUAUCUGUGGGAUAAAUACUCAGCGCGCAUCGUGCAGUUCAUGGAAGGAGACAGAGGGGGAGUGGUGAAUUGCUUAGAGCCGCAUCCACACCUACCAGGGAUGGCCACCAGCGGCUUGGAUCACGACAUCAAACUGUGGGCCCCCACCGCAGAGACGCCCACCGCACUCAAAGGGCUUAAAGAGGUGAUGAAGAAAAACAAGCGUGAGCGAGACGAGGACUGCGUUCGUCAUGGCGACCAGUACGACACUCAGCUGCUGUGGUUUCUGAUGAGGCACAUGAGGAACCGGCGGCCGCAGAGGGCUCGCCGUGAAGGCGCUGACCCCGACACAGACGAGUCGUGGAGCUCCCCAGACUCUUCAGACGAAGAGGAUGGUGGACCAGACCACGUUCAGUGCAUGUCGUCCUGA